CUCACAUGGGGUGGGGCUGAUAUGAAUUUUAUAUUGAAAAAAAACACACCAUCCACCUCGUGUAUGUGUGUGUUUUGAAUUUCUGUAUACAUUCUGUUGAAAUUAUCUGUACCCAUAACAACACUUAUUUUAAAACUCUGACUAUUGAUACAAGACAAAUCUUGUGAAAUAUCUAGCUACGAUUAAUGCCUAUAUAUAUAGAGCUGAAAAAACCUAUGCAUUCAUCAGAUUUGUGUCUGUACUCUGUGUAGUCGUAUAUCUCUUAGGUCAGGAUUUAUACAUAAAUAUAGAAAUAGAAAGAAAGAAUAGAAGAUAGAGAGAUGGCUAUUGAUCAUCACAAGGAUAUAGAAAAUGGCAUUGAAAAGGGUCUUGAUGAUCUGCAAAAGCCAUUAAUUCAACAAGCUAAAUGUGUCGAUUCUGAAGGAGAUGAUGUGAUCGUAAGUGAAAAAAAUGGCUCAAUUGGGAUGGUGCUUAUAAGUACUUUAGUAGCUGUUUGUGGCUCUUUUGAAUUUGGAUCAUGUGUGGGCUACUCAGCACCCUCACAAUCUGCUAUCAGACAAGACUUAAAGCUAUCUUUACCCGAGUACUCUAUGUUUGGAUCUAUAAUAACAAUUGGAGCUAUGAUUGGUGCAAUAACAAGUGGAAAAAUUGCUGAUCUCAUUGGUAGAAAAGGGGCAAUGAGAACUUCAUCUGCUUUCUGCAUUACAGGAUGGCUUUUAGUCUAUUUCUCCAAGGAAGCUUGGUCACUUGACAUAGGGAGAUUUUCUACAGGAUAUGGCAUAGGAAUUUUCUCUUUUGUGGUUCCAAUAUUUAUUGCUGAAAUAGCACCAAAGAAUCUUCGUGGAGGACUUGCGACGCUUAAUCAGCUCAUGAUUGUUUGUGGAGCAUCGACUGCAUACUUGCUUGGAACAGUUGUAACAUGGCGAACUUUGGCUCUUACUGGACUUCUUCCUUGUGUUUUCCUGCUUGUGGGGCUGUUCUUUAUCCCAGAGUCUCCCCGAUGGCUGGCAAAAAUGGGACUUGAGAAAGAAUUUGAAUUGGCUUUACGUAAACUUCGUGGCAGAGAUGCUGAUGUUUCUCAAGAAUCUGCUGAUAUUCAAGCUAGUAUUGACGCCCUACAGUAUUUUCCUAAAGCUAGAAUCUUUGAUUUGUUCAAUAGGAAAUACACCCGUGCUGUCAUUAUUGGCGUUGGACUAAUGGUAUUCCAACAGUUUGGAGGAAUAAAUGGAAUUGGUUUCUAUGCAAGUGAAACGUUUGUGGCUGCCGGAUUUUCUUCAGGGAAACUUGGAACAAUUGCUUAUGCUAUAAUUCAGGUCCCAAUAACUGUAGUUGGAGCAAUAUUAAUGGAUAAAUUAGGAAGACGACCACUUCUCAUGACAUCAGCAUCAGGCACAUUUCUUGGGAGCUUCCUGGCUGGAGCCUCUUUUUUCCUCAAGGGCCAAGGUCUUCUGCUCGAAUGGGUACCAGUAUUAGCUGUAUCAGGAGUAUUGGUCUACAUAGCAUCAUUUUCAAUAGGAAUGGGAGCAGUUCCUUGGGUCAUAAUGUCAGAGAUAUUCCCUAUUCACAUGAAAGGUUUAGCUGGGAGCCUGGUAGUACUAGUAAACUGGUCAGGUGCUUGGGCAGUUUCCUACACAUUCAACUUUCUCAUGAGCUGGAGCUCAACAGGAACAUUCAUGAUCUAUGCUGGAUUCUGUGCUCUUACAGUACUAUUUGUGGUGAAGAUUGUGCCUGAAACAAAGGGAAAAACUCUAGAGCAAAUCCAGGCCUCCAUCAACUCAUAGAAUUGAAUAAGCCAAAGGGAAAAACCGAAGACCUUGUCGAAUAUAUCAGAAGCUAAGAUGUGAUUUCUGUCUAAUGUAUCUCGUCUUUCUUUCAUUAUCGAAUUCAAGUGAUCUAUGCACGGACCAACAACGGUGAAGGGGGGAUGGGUUCAGAAGCUCGGCUGAAAUUGAUCCAAUUCGCUUCGACUUAGAGGACGCUAGCAAGAUGCACCAUACAAUUGUGCCUGCAAUAUGAUGUUCCAAUCAAUACUGAUAGAUAUACAUAUAUACUUGUGCAUGUAUCACUCAGAGCAGAUUUGUUAUUGAAUUUUCAGCUGUUAUUACGUUAUUUCUUAAAUUUUUAAUUGAUGCAAAAAAUUAUGCAUAUUUUUUAUUCA